AUGGUGACCUCCACGGAGGUCACCACCGGACCACGCAAGGCGUCUGUUUGGGCAGACGCUUCCCGGGUCAGCCCUCUUGUACUAGCCCGGGAGGUGGCCGCGGCAAUCCCGAAGCUAGAACCACGGCAGGCAAGAGAAGUGAAAGAUGUGAUCACUCAGCCCCCGCCAGGAAAUAAGUACGCAACAUUAAAGAAGGCNUUAAUACAACGUCUAACCGACUCACACGAGCAACGAAUGCGGCAACUACUGGAGCAAGAGGAACUAGGAGAUAGGAAGCCAUCACAGUUUCUACGACAUCUUACGACCCUCGCAGGAACAACAGUAUCGGACAAGUUACUACGAACAUUAUGGCUCGGGCGCCUUCNGCCACAGGUCCAAGCCAUCCUGGCAACAAGAGCCGAGGACGACUUAAGCAGUGUCGCCGAACAAGCAGAUCGCAUCCAUGAGAUCAAUAGCAGAGCAGUCGUACUGGCGACCACACCGCAUGCAGCAGCAGCAGUAACAACACAAGGAACAACGGCAGAUCAGAUCGAGGCCUUGACAAAACAGGUCGCAGCACUGACAAACCAAAUGGCCAAACUCAUGAAGCAGGGNAGAUCCCGAUUAAGGAGCCGUUCCCGGAGCAGAGCCAGGAAAAACGCAGGGGAAGAGAAAGACAUNUGCUACUAUCACCGNAGAUUCGGAGAAGAAGCCCGCAGAUGUGNACAACCUUGCGCAUAUANAACAAAAAACGAAGAGGCCAGUCAUUAA